UAAUCAAUCACGAAGCGUCUUCGCAAUUUUUUUGUGCGUUGUUGUUUUGUGUCCUUUUGCAAAGUAGUAAACUGUGUCUCAGUAAUAGCUACAGUGCUUCAGAAAUUGUUGAUCUCUAUAAUUAUUAGAUAUAAAUUUUAUACUAAACGCCAAAAGUCAAGAAAACAAAAAGACAAAAUGACUUUUUUAAAUCUAAAUGAAAUAUGUAUUACAGUACUUGCACAUAAAUUAUAUGAAAUCAAAGCCUAAACUAAAAGGAAAAGGCACCGCCCGAUAGACCGGAAUUUUCGAUAGUCCGGCACGAAGCCGGUCCCGAACGUGCCGGAUAAUCAGAAUUCUACUGUACUUUUAAUACUAGUACAUGUAUUAAGUUACAACUAUGUAAAUAUGACGUUGCCGUACAUGUUUAACAAGAAAAUUAACUUCACACUGUUGUAUAACAUUCAUUGUUUAAGUAAAAAAUUUAGGUCAUAAAAAAUGGAAAGCAAAAAAUUCCAUUUUUAUAUAAAACUAAUUUUAAGCAAUUGGCUUAUGUGUAUUCAUGAAUUUGUUGUUGGUUCGGCAAUUGUGUUUUCUGGUAUAUUAUUAGCCCAAGUUCGAGAUUCUCCAUCUGGUUUCCAGCUUAAUACUGAAGAGUCUUCUUGGAUUGCGAGUGUGCCAAAUAUUGUUGGCCCGUUUGGUUUGCUACUAACUGGGAUAAUCACAGAUAAACUAGGUAGAAGAAAAAGUCUACAAAUCACAUACAUACCUUUAAUUUUGAGCUGGGGAAUACUCGCAUACGCAGAAAGUUAUAAAGUUAUAUUAAUAGCAAGAAUAAUAUUGGGAUACUCCAUUGGUACGGGUAUGAUUGUAUUUCUAUAUGCAGCUGAAACAUGUCCAGUGUUCUUGCGGCCUUUAUUUUUAAGUAUAAUUACAAUAUUUUCAAGCCUCAGUAUGCUUUCAGUAUCUGUACUAGCUAUAUUUUACCAUUGGCAGACUUUAGCUAUGACUUAUUGUGUAUUAUCUAUUUUCGGAGCCGUUUCACUUUUCAUCGUGCCAGAUCCACCAAUUUGGUUAAAAGCAAAAGGAUGGGAUAUAAAAGCUCAAAAAGCAAAAGAAUGGUUUGGUAUGAGUAAUGAAAUGACUGUUACUGAAGAAACACCUAUUAAAGCAACUAAAGAUUCUAAAUUUGCUGUGUACACUAGCCCGUCAGUCUGGAAACCGACGUUACAUUGUAUAAUGUUGUUCAUUUGUCAGCAAUUCUCUGGUAUAUAUGUACUUAUAUACUACUCAGUAGAUGUGAUUCGCGAUUGUGGAGUACCAUAUGACAGUAUGACUGUUUCUGCAUUAAUGUUUGGCGCUCGUAUUUUGGGUAACAUUGUGUACUCCCUACUUUCCGGUGUUGGUAGAAAAACUUUGUUGGUAACUUCUGGUCUUGGAAUGACUCUAAGUUUUUCUACGGUAAUAGUAACCAUGUACGCUUUUGGUAAUGAGCUAAAUCCAACUUAUGGAUCUAUCAGAGCUGCUGCAUUUCUAUCGUGUGCCUUUUGUGCUCUUCUUGGAGUAUUACCACUCCCUUGGAGUAUACCAGGAGAAAUAUUUCCUAUUGAAGUGAAAGGAGCAAUGAAUGGUUUUGUUCACUCUGCUGGCUACAUAAUAAUGUUUCUAGCAAUAAAAUCGUAUCCUCUGUUAUUGGAAAAAUUCGGAAUAAUAACAGUAUUUUCCCUAUAUACUGUUGUAUGUCUUAUUACCACAAUAUAUGGUAUAUUUUUGCUACCCGAGACAAAAGGCAAAUCUUUAGAAGAAAUUUUGGAGUACUUCGAACCUCAAAAAAAAGAUGUACCAUCAAUAGUCAUUAGUGUAAAUAAUAAUAAGACUGAAACAUUUGAUAUGAACUGCUGAAGAUCAAAUACAUAAUGUUGUAUAUAUUAAUGUAUAACUUCAAAUUUAUAACUAGAACUUUUAAUUAGUAACAGAUUUAUUUAUUUAUGUUAACAUCAUUCACUGAUGAAUUAUACUAAAACCUUCAAAUUUUAGAAAAUUUACUUUUACAAAUCAUUGUUACUUGAUUUUCAUCUAAAUUGUAUAGUUUUUUCUAAUGUUUAAUAUCAAUUAAAUACAGCUGUUGCUUCAUAUUCGAGAA